AUGGUGCCGCCGCUUCCAAGCCGGGCAGGGGCGGCGAGGGGCCAGCUGGGCAGGAGCCUGGGUCCGCUGCUGCUGCUCCUGGCGCUGGGACACGCGUGGAGCUACCGAGAGGAGCCGGGCGACGGCGACAGAGAAAUCUGCUCGGAAAACAACAUCGCCACGACCAAGUAUCCGUGUCUGAAGCCUUCGGGGGAGCUCACCACGUGCUACAGGAAGAAGUGCUGCAAGGGGUAUAAAUUUGUCCUUGGACAAUGCAUCCCAGAAGAUUAUGACGUGUGUGCCGAGGCUCCCUGCGAGCAGCAGUGCACGGACAACUUUGGCCGCGUGCUGUGUACGUGUUACCCGGGAUACCGCUACGACCGGGAGAGGCACCGGAGGCGCGAGAAGCCGUACUGCCUGGAUAUCGAUGAGUGCGCCACGAGCAAUGAGACGCUGUGCGCGCACGUCUGCGUCAACACCCUGGGGAGCUACCGCUGUGAGUGCCGGGAGGGCUACGUCCAGGAGGACGAUGGCAGGACGUGCACCAAGGAAGACAAAUACCCCAACGACACCGGGCACGACGAAAAGGCGGAGAACGCGGUCCAGGCCGCCGCCUGCUGUGCCACAUGCAAGGAGCUCCACCAGGUGAAGGAGACAGUGCUGCAGCUGAAGCAGAAGGUUGCCCUGCUCCCCAACAGCGCUGCCGACCUGGGCAAGUACAUCACUGGUCACAAGGCGCUGGCCUCAAACGCCUACCUUCCGGGUCCUCCUGGCCUGCCUGGGGGCCAGGGCCCCCCUGGCUCUCCAGGACCGAAGGGGAGUCCCGGCUUCCCAGGGAUCCCAGGCCCCCCCGGGCAGCCUGGCCCACGGGGCUCGAUGGGACCCGUGGGACCAUCUCCUGACCUGUCCCACAUUAAGCAAGGCCGGAGGGGCCCUGUGGGUCCACCAGGCGCCCCAGGAAGAGAUGGCUCUAAGGGGGAAAGAGGCGCACCGGGUCCCAGAGGGUCUCCAGGACCCCCCGGUUCUUUCGAUUUCCUGCUGAUCGUGCUGGCGGAAAUCCGUAACGACAUCACCGAACUGCAGGAAAAGGUGUUCGGGCACCGGACUCACUCUUCAGCAGAGGAGUUCCCGUUACCUCAGGAAUUUUCCAGCCCUCUGGAGACCCUGGACGAGGGCUCCGGAGAUGACUCCCCAGGAAGAACUGAGACAAGAGACUUGGGAGCCCCCAGAGACUUCUAUCCUUAG